AUGAGCUUCAAACUCUCCGCGCUGUUGAAUCCCGCCUCUGAACCUUCAAGCCCGAAACCCGAAUCCUCGGAAGCGACUCACGCCCCGCCCGCCCCUACUUCUGGUGCGCCAGCGCCAGCGAACACAUCCAAACCCGAGAAUGCUUCCAACGCGCUUUAUGAAGCAGCCGACGCGCUGACUGGCCUCGCGCAAAGCGAUCCGUCGCCACGCAAUAGCUUCGCACACGCUCCUACAUAUCCCCAAUCCGCAAACGAUGAACAAGAGGCCCAGUCGGGGAACUACCCGGAAGCGCGCCGAGCAAGUAGUUACGGUUCUCUAGCUGUUCCUGUUGAGCCCCCGUCGGUUGAUGCUCCUCCGGAACAGCACUCACCAUCGCUGGAGCAAUAUCACCAUCGAUCGAAGUCACCCGAGGAACAGCGGAGACAAUCGCUGAUAUCCAUGUCAUCAAAUCCGCAUAUUCUCCCACCCAUCCACACUCUAGAAAGCAUUCCUGAGAGAAGACAGAGCAGUCAGUCACAACAGCCUCAGGAUAAUCCAUACGGACACGACGCGUCGCAGAUCGUCUCCACGCCAAAAGUGGAUUCGUCUGGCGCCGGCGAGGAAUCCCCAAAUGCUAUGGCACAAAAUCGCGAACCGGAUUAUGCGCGCGAAGAGCCCACGACUGCUCAAAUAAGAGCCCCGUCACCAUCAAGCUUCCCCGCCGAUAUACCCGUCUUCCAAGCGCCAUCCCAUUCACCUACUCCGCAAGUCAAGCUCGAGCCACCGGCGACAUCUCGGGAGCCCACACCCGCACAAGCCGCACUCAAGACCGAGCAGGGCGGUGACACUCUCGAAGUAGAAACUCUCAAGGCAGUCGCCAGCGCCAGGAACGAACACGGCCUACGCGGAGUGAGCCGGGAGGCUUCCACUGCAACACCAUCGACAACGCUCACGAUGGACCCCGCCCCCACCGGCCCGACUGUGCCGAAGAAGCGAAGACUCGUCGACAGCAAGGUCAAAAAGAAGGGUAGCAGCGGCCCAAGAUCGGCCAACAAGAAGCGAAAGGUCGAUGACGACCAAGGUAGACCAUCUCCCACGCCCUCUGCGAAAGCUACGAAAACGAAAGGGUCUAAAAAGUCUGCAACCGGCACUCCAGUAGCCGGAAGCUCGCCAGCACCACACUCCUCGCCGCCUCCGCACCAAACCGCCGACGAAGACGACGACGAUGAAUCGGGCUCGGACGAUGGAAUAUACUGCAUAUGUCGCAAGGGGGAUAACCACACGUGGAUGAUUGCUUGCGAUGGAAGUUGCCAAGACUGGUACCACGGAAAGUGUGUGAAUGUCAAAGAGUCGGACGGUGACCUGAUCGAGAAGUAUUUCUGUCCGAGGUGUACAGAGGCGGGCGAAGGUCGCACAACAUGGAAGCGCAUGUGCCGGCGCGACGGGUGCAGGCGUCCAGCAAGGCGAGACGAGCAAAGCAAGUAUUGCUCGGACGAGUGUGGGAGGCUGUUCUUUCAGUCACUCGCUGCAAACCUGCGCAGUCAAGCCGGGACAGCCUCGAACUCUCAGAAGCCAAGACGCGAGCGACGAAAGACAAAUCAUACCGACGGUGUCCUCGACGGAGAGGACACAGAGGAAGAUGGCCCAUCUGGGCCGCGUGGUGGCACCGUGUCUGCUCGCGACCUUAAAGCGUUGACACUUUCAGCUCGAGAUGUCAACCAUUUCAAGGAUCUGGGUAACAGCAUGCUUAGUCCGCCUGCCACUGCGUCCCCUACAUCACCGACUUUCAACCAAGAAGCGCCCUUGUCUGGCCCUGAUGCUGCUCGCGUUGCCGAAAUUGAGAAAGAGACCGAGGACUUGACCAAGCGCCUCAAGCUUCUCAAAGACCGUGAGCGCUUCGUCUCUAUGGUACGGGAACAGGUGAACGUGGUGGCGGAACGUGAAGGUGUCAAGCCCAAGGACAUCUGUGGUUACGACUCGCGUCUUAACUGGAGCGAAGGCGAGUUCGCGCUUUGGCGCGCGACGCCGAAAGGCAGGGCCUGCUACCGGCAGGGCACUCUCGACGCCGAGCCGGAAGAUCAGGACAAGGACGACGUCGAGAUGCGAGAUGCCGCCGAAGACGGCGCGCAUGUCAAUGGAACGGGAGUAAACGGCAGUGGCGUUGAGGACGCCAGAAAGCAGGAGCUCCUCCCCGACCUGCUGGCGCCGCCUGAUGUCUGCUUGAAGAAGCGCUGCCAGCGUCACACGCAGUGGGUCAAGAUCGCCCAGUACGACGUCUCGUUCGAGAGCAGCGUCGCCAAGAACGCGCUGCAGGACCUGAUGGCCGAUGAGCGAGAGAUUCGGCACCGCGCCCUGGUGGGCUUGCGGAAGGAGAGGAAGGCGCAGGGUAGUGACGGUGCUAUCGUUGCAGAGGAUGGAGAGAAAGAAGGGUGGGUGGAGGUGUUGGACUAA